CCUCUCCCUCUUCCUCUCUCCCACUUCGUAUCUCUCUCUCUCUCUCUCUCUCGCUCUCUGCUUCAAAGAAUCCACGCGAACGAGCAUACUCUCUUUCUCUCUAUAGUCUAUUCCAUGGGUUUUCCGGUGGGCUAUACGGAGCUUCUUCUGCCGAAGCUCUUUAUCCACGCGCUUUCGGUUCUGGGUUUUCUCAGAAAGCUCAUCUCCACCCUGUUUCGCCAUCUGGGUCUCGCCGAUUUUCUGGAGCCCGACAUUGCGUGGCACGACGCACCGGCCCGAGUCCCCGAAUUCCACUCCAUGUCGGCGGUUCUUAUCCGGGAAAUCCUUCCUGUGGUGAGGUUCUCGGACCUGGUGGACCCGCCGGAGUCCUGCGCUGUCUGCCUCUACGAGUUCGAGCCGCAGGACGAGAUCCGACGGCUUACAAACUGCCGCCACAUCUUCCACAAGGGCUGCCUCGACCGCUGGAUGGGGUACGAGCAGAAGACGUGUCCCCUGUGCCGGACACCAUUUAUUCCGGACGAUAUGCAAGGAGCUUUCAACGAGAGGCUCUGGGCUGCUUCUGGGAUACCUGAAUUUUACGACGAAUAUACCAAUAUUACCGGUUGGUAGUAACUCUUCAGUUUACCAAAAAUCGAAGAGAGAAAAUCUUGGGUCUUGCCUGUUUGAGAUGUUCAUGAACCAUGUGUGUAUACAUACCAAAAAAUGAUCUUUUUUUCUUUUAAUUCUUCUAAGAAAGAGGUAAAGUUAUAAGAAGUUAGAUGAUUUUGUACA